GUUACCAAAGUGAACAUGGAGAACCAGUUGAACGUGUGGACUUGUUUAAUUCUUAUAAUUUGCCUAUAUAUAACCAGUAUUUCGCCUGAGACAGAAACAAAAACUGAAAAGCAAUGUACUGGCGGCGACGAUCCCGACAUUUCAAACAAAGGAUGUGGCUGUGCCGCGACAAAUCGAAAACAUGAUGACAAAGGGGAGGGUGCAGACCAAUCGGAACGUGCAGACGAACUUUCUUCUUCGGUUGAGAAGGGACCGUUAAACUUGGGCCCUGCUGCAGUGAAGAGUCCGUACGCUCGGACGAAUCAAAUGGUGUAUAUUCCAGGAGGUGUGUUUACGAUGGGCGUUGCCCAGCCUAUUCUUCCCGGAGACGGGGAGGGGCCACCGCGGGAGGUGGAGGUGACGGGGUUUUAUAUGGACGUGCACGAAGUCAGCAAUGCAGAGUUUGGUUUGUUUGUCAAUGACACGGGUCAUGUUACUGAGGCAGAGACAUUUGGUGAUUCAUUUGUGCUGGAAACAAGAAUUAGUGAAGAAGUUUUAAAAGGAAUUUCACAAGCGGUGGCAGCAGCUCCUUGGUGGCUUCCUGUGAAGGGGGCAGAUUGGCGCCACCCUGAUGGGCCUGAUACUGAUUUAAAAGGAAGGAUGGACCAUGCUGUUAUCCAUGUAUCAUGGAAUGAUGCUGUAGCCUACUGUAAGUGGGCAGGAAAACGUUUACCUACAGAGGCAGAGUGGGAAUAUGCCUGUCGUGGGGGAUUGAAGGAUAGAUUAUUUCCAUGGGGCAAUAAACUCACACCAAAAGAUGAGCAUCGCCUGAAUAUGUGGCAGGGGGAAUUUCCAAAAGAAAAUACAAAAGCUGAUGGUUUUGAUGGGCCAGCACCAGUAACCAGUUAUCCCCCCCAGAAUAAGUUUGGGUUGAAGAACAUGGUUGGUAAUGUGUGGGAAUGGGUGUCUGACUGGUGGAACAUCAGACAUACCACAGACUUCAAGAAAGAUCCUAAGGGACCAGACAGCAGUAGUGACAAAGUGAAGAAAGGUGGAUCGUAUAUGUGCACUAAGGAGUUUUGCUAUCGAUAUAGGUGUGGUGCCAGAAGUCAGAACACACCAGACAGCUCUGCUGGGAACUUAGGUUUCCGAUGUGCAGCAAAUCAACUUCCACAAUAUCUUGAUAUUCCAGAAAAAGAUGAACUAUGAUUUUUGAAAGUAAAAAGUAGAUAAUUUUUAGAGACUACAUAUGUCUUUACCUAUGCAGUAUGACAGUUUCAACCCUACAUUAAAAGGCCUUGAUCAUAUGACUUUGACUUUGCUAGUCAUUGAGAACUAAAUCAUGAAAUCAAAAAGGAAUAAAAUUUUAUAUCCAAGUGAAA